AUGCGGAUGAAGAGACCGACGCCGCGAGUGGGUGGACGGAUGUCCACGGUGACGCGGGCUGGAAGGGAUUAUUACGACGUCUUGGGGGUGUCGCGGUCGGCGGAUUCGAAGGAGCUGAAGCGGGCGUACAGGCAGUUGGCGCGCAAGUUUCACCCCGACGUGAACAAAGAUCCGGGGGCGGAGGAUAAGUUUAAGGAGAUAUCCAACGCGUACGAAGUGCUGAGCGAUGAUCAAAAGAAGGCGAUUUACGAUCGUUUCGGCGAGGACGGAUUAAAGGGUGGCAUGGGCGGCAUGGGCGGCAUGGGCGGCAUGGGCGGCAUGGGCGGCAUGAGCGACCCGUUCGACCUGUUCGAGUCGCUCUUUGGCGGCGGCGGCAUGGGCGGCAUGGGCGGCAUGGGCGGCAUGGGCGGCAUGGGUGGUCGAUCGCAAGCGCGUAACCGACCGACGCAAGGUGACGAUGAGCGCUACGACCUCGAGAUCGACUUCCUCGAAGCCGUGUUCGGGGUGGAGAAGGAGCUCGACACGAUGCGACUCGAAAACUGUGACAAGUGCUCGGGGAGCGGCGUCAAGGCGGGUACCAAGCCGACGACGUGUGGCACGUGUGGCGGCCAGGGUCAAGUUGUCGCCACCGUGCGCACGCCUCUCGGUAAUUUUCAGCAAGUCACCGGCUGCCAAGCGUGCGGGGGGACUGGUCAGUCGUCCACGCCGUGCCCGAGCUGCGGCGGCGACGGUCGCGUGCGCCGCAGCAAGAAAAUUCAGCUGCGCGUGCCGCCGGGCGUGGACAAGGGUUCUCGUCUGCGCGUCCGCGGUGAAGGCAACGCCGGUCGCCGAGGCGGCCCGCCGGGUGAUCUUUACGUCUUCAUCAACGUUCGCGACGAUCCGGAGCUGAAGCGUUUCGACAACGUCAACAUCAGCUCCACGGUGACCGUUCCGUACACAAAAGCCAUCCUGGGCUCCACCGUCAAGGUGCGCACGGUAGACGGACCGGUCGAUCUGAAGAUCCCGGCCGGGGUCCAGCCGCAAGCGACGCUUCUCAUGGCCAAGCGCGGCGUCCCCAGACUCGGCAACGACUCCGCUCGCGGCGACCACUACGUCACCGUCAAGGUCACCAUCCCCUCCAAGCUCUCCGACGAGGAACGCGCGAUGAUCGAAAAAUUGGAUGAAAAGCAAAAAUAA